AUGAAAAUGACUCCGAUGAAGCGUGUAAGAAACUCUGAUCCAGUGGGAAUAUCGAAUUACAAACGUCAAAGGCUUGUGCAAGAUUUACAAAAUUUGAGUCUAAAUGAAACUUCGAAUGUGAGAAAUAAGGCUUUGAAUGAUGGGAGAGAAGUCGUAGGGGGUCACGUCCUGCCGGAUGUACUACGUGAACAAGUUUGGCGAUUGGUGAGGGAAAGUGAUAGAAACGGUUCCAGGAACAACAUUUAUGAAAAAGUGUGGCAGAAAAUACGAGAUGACAAUAUGCAGGUGAUUAGGUGGUAUAAUGCGGUGGAAUUGGUGUAUAAGAUGUGGUUGAACUGGGUACGACGCACACCGUGGAUAACAUCGCAGACAGAUCACAUUGGUCAUGUGAUGGACGUUGACAUGGACCUCGACGAUGUCGACGAACCCAUGCUUAUAGACUCGGAUUAA